AAUCAAUUAACGUCAAUUUUUGGCAGUUAUUCGGUCAGAUGUAUGAGGCAAAAAUGGACUAUGUGUGCUUGAAAGAGGAGGGUAUUCGACACAGAUAAGUUUACUCAAUGGCUGAAAAUAUCCCAAAAAAAUAUCCCGGAGUUGACGUUCCGUCAAACAGAACAGAGUUUUUGGAUUGGUUUUGGAAAAGAAACAACGGGAAUGAUUUAAUAAGAGAUCUUAACAAGUACGCAAUAGAAAACAAGUUGUCUGAUCGCAUUCGUAGAGAACGCGUUACAGAGCGGCCAAGUAUCUACGGGCUGGUGAUAAAUGAUAAAAGGAUGAAAUUUUAUAGUGACAAAAGCGGCAAGAAAACAGAGUGGACGUAUGUUAAGAUAGGAUUUACACAUAAAGAUACAACACAAGGUACUGGCAACAGAAUGGAAACAGUAGUGGACAAGAUUAAGAAAACGGGUUAUGAAAACGUAUCCACACUAUUUGUUUUAUCUGUCAGUUGUGUUGAUACCACUCCAUUCUUCGAAACUGAAGACAGAAUUCGAAAAAAAGUUGGUACCUGUGUCAAAAAAGAGAUAGCAAAAGGACAUAAGCUACCGGUGCCUACAGAGUGGGUGUUUGCUUCACAAGAACAUUUGUCAAAGAUACUGAUGAAGAUCAAGUCCAACGAAGGAAAUCUGGAUAGGAUUGAUAUCUUCAAGGGUAUUGAAAAACCACCAAAGGUCCCUGAAGAUUUGAUUGAUAAAGUUGAGUAGCUGUUGAACUAAUUAUAUCGAGAAAAUGUAGUGUUUCAGCUAUAGAUUGGCUUCUGUAUGUCUUUAAAUAAUAUUUAAUGUUCAUAAUUAUGUUUCAUGGCUAAUGCCUCUUAUAUUUGUUAGGUUUACCUUACCAUUAAAUACCAUGAAAAAUA